AGCUAGUACAGUCCAUUUCGCAACUUGUUUUCGUAUUUAUCAUUUUUGUUUAUGGAACUAUUUGCCAUAUGUAAACACAGGGUGUAUAUGCAGAAUACAGUACACGAUAUACGUAAACAUUGGAGUGCGUGGUGCUGCAUAGGUGUUGCGGUACUUGUAAGCUGUUGUUGUGUGAAUGGUAUGUUUGGUAUCGUCUGUCGGUCUGUAAGCAGAAUGGCGGGUAGUUAUGUUGCAGGCACAUAUUCCAUGGCUUUUGUCACCGUCCCAGACAUGACAGUCGGUAGGAAGCUAGCACAUGGUAUUGUAAAACAACGACUGGCGGCGUGCGUGAAUAUCAUUCCAUCCGUGACAUCAGUAUAUGAAUGGAAAGGAGAAGUAAAUGAAGAUCCAGAACUGAUACUGAUGAUUAAAACAAGCUCGGAAAAAAUUCCAGAUUUAUCAAAAUAUGUAAGGGAGAAUCAUCCGUAUGAUUGUGCAGAAGUAAUCAGCUCAAAGAUUGACGAUGGUAACGAACCAUAUCUGAAAUGGAUAGGAGAGACUGUGUCAGCGCCAGCGGUCACAGAUGGUGGUGGUACAAAUGUGGAGAGUGUGGAGAAAAAACAAUAACUGGAUGUGUGAUGCUUAGGUAUUAUAGUGUACAUGGUGACCAAGAAACUGGGAAAAUGGUGACUGUAUGUGACGAAGAAUGUUACAUGUUUUAGCGUGGUGUGGCUUUAUGAUAAUAUAAAGACUAGUGAAGUGUCAGUAUUAAUCUCCGUCAGGAUUUUAUAAGGGGGAACUUACCGCGUUACUGAACAUUGUAAAUAGAGCGUCGAAAUCUUUUAUUGGUAGAGUUCUUUCUAUACAUCAUCGACUUAAUUGUUUAGUUGAAAUGCAAUUAUUUCAAAUGAUUUUAGACGUUUUUUUCAUAUUUUGGUAUCUUAAGUGUUGCAUUAAUGACGUAAUACUGUAGUUCAGAUAUUUCACACCAGUUCAACCUGUGAUUAAGCAGGUCUACAUUAAGGUAAUUCUGCACGUUUGAUAAACUGGAAGUGACGGCGUAACGUUAUUUUUCCGGAAAACGUAGAAUAAUACCUGCAUUCGCCGUACUGAAUGAAAACCAUUUUAUGAAUAAAUGGCAACCUCUGAGCAAAUUUAAAACAGUGGCACUGUUACUACCUUUAUGAAGUUAAAAUAUGAUAUUGAAACAUCUGACACGUUAAAUUAUUCAAAAUAAUGUCUUAAAAUUAGCGUGAAAUGAGCGGUUCACUUUGAUUUUGUUCAGAUAUCUCAAAUAUAAGCACACGGACAUAUACAUUUUAUUUCACCACAAUAAAGACCAUAUUUAUAUUUGCAACUGUGAGAAGUUUCAUUAAAAUCUACAUUAUAGAAAAAUUUCUAUUCGCGAAAAUGUUAUGAAAAUUAAGAGUUUCCCAUUCACUCCCAUUAUGAAAAACUUGCAGAAGGUCCAAAUUUUUCAAAUCCGUCUAGCAGAAAAUCAAGCACACGGCCCUAUCUUUUUUAUUUGCUAAAUUUUACAUAAGUACAUUCUGAAGUUUUGAAAAAUCAGAGUUUAAUCAAAUUCUAUAUUGUAUAAAAAUUUUGAUCCGAACGUGCGGAAUUACCUUAAAUAUCUGAAUGGUAAUGAGACAUUCUGUGAUCUGAAACAGAUCUACCAUGCAGUGUCUGAUAAAAAUAUGAAAUAUGUACUUAAACGGCACAGAGUUUCGAUUCCUGAUAAAAUUUUAUACAACUAUGGUGGGUGGAAUAAAUUUGGUGGAUUUCUAAUGUUACUCCAUUGUUGUUUUUUCCUAAUGUUACUCCAUUGUUGACUAAGACCGAAAUGACGGAGCAAACCUAACAAGUCGGAAGAGUGAAAUCCAUGCUUAUCUUAUGUAGGUCAAAGACCACUUUGUAAUAUUUCUUCUGAGAAAUGACAUAUCCCGAAACGUGAUCAUUAUUUGAUGUUCAUAUGCGAUGGAAUUACAUCACAAGGGCGAAGCACGAGUGAUAUAAUAAUGCGCAAUUGAAUGACAAACUGUGAUAAUAUAUCAUUUCUAUUAUAACAUAGUCCAGGAUUAUUAUUUGCCUCCCAAACGUCAUCCACCAAAUAUUGUUCUGUUUUGUUUGGUUUGCUUUUACAGGGCACCACUUUGGCUCAAUAAUUAUGAGGUACAGUUAUUUUGUUGCAUAAUAAAAACAGUUUCAGACUU